CUGUCACGCGCACGUUAUGUGGCGCGAGAGUGCCCGUUUGAUAGUUUGCUAGCGAAGAUCAAAGUCCCCGCUCAGCGGCGCUCUCCUUAUCGGAAUGUUUGAAGAUUAACGAGGAUUUCCUCCGUGUCAGUCCCGCACACGCUUCUUUUCUCUUCUUCUUGUGACCGCUGCGGUGCAGGAAGAAGCUCCGGGGCCAGGAAGCUGACAAGAGACUGCAAGCCGGAACGGGAGGUGGGAGUAAAAACACCGACGGAAGCAGCGGUAUCAUCAUGACGGAGAAGCGGAUGUCGCGGUGGUAUUUCGGGGGUUUGGCUUCCUGCGGAGCCGCCUGCUGCACGCAUCCUCUGGAUCUGAUCAAGGUCCACCUGCAGACCCAGCAGGAGGUGAAGAGGAGGAUGGUUGGGAUGGCCAUUCAUGUGGUGAAGAAUGAUGGAGUGCUGGCUCUUUACAACGGCCUCUCUGCUUCUCUUUGUCGGCAGAUGUCCUACUCCCUCACCAGAUUUGCCAUCUAUGAGACGGUGAGGGACAUGACGGGCAGUAAAAGCCAGGGCCCAAUGCCAUUUUACCAGAAGGUCCUGCUGGGAGCCUUUGGCGGAUUCACUGGAGGGUUUGUUGGGACGCCAGCUGACUUGGUAAAUGUCAGAAUGCAGAAUGACAUGAAGCUUCCACUAGAGCAGAGAAGAAACUACAAACACGCCGUUGAUGGACUCUACAGAGUCUUCAGAGAAGAGGGCGUGAGAAAACUUUUCUCAGGAGCUUCCAUGGCCUCCAGCAGAGGAGCGAUGGUCACUGUGGGGCAGUUGGCGUGUUACGACCAGGCCAAGCAGCUCGUAUUAGGAACGGGCAUGAUGGGAGAUAACAUACUGACGCACUUUCUUUCCAGCUUCAUAGCUGGAGGCUGUGCCACAUUCCUGUGUCAACCUCUGGAUGUGCUGAAGACACGACUGAUGAACUCAAAAGGAGAGUACACGGGGGUGAUGCAUUGCUUACGGGAAACUGCCAGCCUGGGUCCACUGGCAUUUUAUAAGGGUCUUGUUCCAGCAGGGAUCCGCUUGAUUCCUCACACAGUGCUCACCUUUAUUUUCCUCGAGCAGCUCAAGAAAUACUUUGGCAUUCGCAUCAUCUCCUGAGCCGUUCAUCGCCGCUGCUCGUCACAUCGCUCCUUCAUCAUCCCGCUCCUCAUCAUCCCGCUCCUCAUCAUUUACAAGAG